AUGGCUUUGGAAUCCACCACAGCCUACAAUCUUGGUAUCAACCAAGAAGGUUUGUCAAAUCACACGACGCCAAUGACUCUGAAAUCCACCCAAGCCUACAAUCUUGCAAUCCACAAAGAAGCUAACACCUCAGGUCAGUUUUCAGUAAACUCUGUGUGGCAGUGGUGGUUGGCAGCAAAUGGACCUGGAGUGAAUAUUCCUGUAGGUUUAUGGGUUAAGUCUGCUCUCCCAAAAAUGCAAUUUUUCUGCUGGCUGGCUUGGAGGGAGAGGGUGAAGACUUCAUCUUUUCUUAAAAGGAUUGGGGUGUUAGCUGCAACUGUUAGUUCCUAUCGUGUUUUCAGCAAUGUUGUGGAGGAAACCUUGGAUCAUGUGCUGCUCUUUUGUCCACUGACCUGGGAGUGCUGGUCUUUAAUGGUAAGGUGGUGGGAUCUGGUAUGGGAUAUACUUGGUUCAGUCCGGGGGCUGCUUCAUUGGUGGUCUGGAGGUAAGUUCAAGCCAAAGGAAUCCAGAAUUUGGCAGGUAAUUCCUUCUGUGGUGUUCUGGUAUGUGUGGAAAUUAAGAAAUGAUUGUAAAUUCAAGGGAGCUCUACCUGCUAUUGAAGAUUUAACUGAAAGAAUUAAGUUGCAUAUUGCUCUGUGGGCCAAAUGGCUAUUGAAGGUUGAUUACUCUGUUUAUGAUUUUGUUUCUAACCUGCACCAGGUUAGGCUAUCUGUGCGAGGUGCUUGA